AUGGGUGCACAAUACUCUUCCUUAAAUGAUCUAAAGUCCAACGAAUAUUUAUCUCGUUUCAUUAGUGAAGAGUCUAUAUCAAUAAAUGAUCCAUUUUGGAAUCAAUUUCUCUCAUUUCGUAUACAAUCUCCAUUCACAACAGCACAUUCAAAAUUAAUUGAUGAAUCAUGUGUAACUUAUCUUCAACAAUUCGUAUUAAAUAAUCCGAAAACAAAUAAUUAUGGAACAUUAGUUGAAGUAUUUAAUCGUUUAGCCAAUGUUAUUCGUGAUGAAUAUAAUAAUAAUAUUGUUAUACAUCAAACAUAUAAUGCUUUAUUUAUUCUUCGUUUAAUAACAAAACAUUUUAUUGAAAUUGAUUCUGAACAAAAUCUUUAUCCAUAUUUUUUACCACAAGAUAUUUCUACUGAACGUAUAUCAUUAAUGACGAUAUUUGUCGAUACAUUAUUUCGAACUACAAUUAUGUUACCUGUUGAUUCAUAUUCAUAUGGUUUACAUUUGGAAGUAUUAAAUACAUUAAUUUCAUUAUUAUGUAUUCAAAUGUGUGCGAAAGAAGCUAUACUUAUUAGUUCGAUUUAUAGUAUUUUUAUGCAUAAACUUGAUCCAAUAUUAAUAUCGGAAUUUACACGAACUUUAUUAGAACAUUUUAUUAAACAACUCGAAUGUCCACCAUUUUUAGCAGUUGAUUCAACUGAUGGAUCAAAGAGUGAGAGUGGAGGUUUAUUUAAAAUUGGACAAAGUGUUGCAAUUAAACUUUAUUCUCAAUUAACAACAGGUAGUCUAUGGUCAGUAGUUACACUUGGUAUGAGUUCAUCAUCGACAACAACUGUUACUGAAGCAACAGCAACUUCAAUUGAUUCAACAAAAGAACUUCGUAAUCGUCAUUUAUCAAAUCAAAGUAUUCAUUUACUUUUAAUUCUAAGUAAUCAUUUUACAAAUGAUGUACAUCGUAAUCCUUAUCGAUUGGCAUUAUUACAUUUUACGGAUACACAAGGCAAGCCGAUCAAUCCAACAAAUUUACCUGAUUCUGAACCAUUACCAUGGUUUUCUAUUGAUUAUCAUCGUUUAUAUGAUGUUUUAUGUCAAACCGUACAUACAGAUCAAAGUACAUUAUUACUUUAUUUAUUACUUCAUCGUAAUCAACAUUUUAAAGCUUAUGUUAUAUCACGAACAAAUAUUGAUCAAAUUGUAUUACCAGUUCUUCAAGUUAUUUAUACAUCUACAGAAAGAAAUUCUCAUCAUAUUUAUAUGUCAUUAAUUAUUCUAUUGAUUUUAUCGGAAGAUGAUUAUUUUAAUCGAACAGUUCAUGAUAUUAAAUUAAAAAAACUUACCUGGUAA